UAAUUUAAAAUAAAGAGUACGGAAGCUAUAUAUUUUACGCUUUCAUAUCUUUAGCCUAUUACGUUUUUUUAUUUUCCACAUCGGGGUCUUGGAAAACGGGAGACCACAAGGACACUACAGAAGCGAGCAUAUUAGCAGGCAUACCUUCCUUCCUUCCUUCACACGCAGUGUCAGGCACUCGGCGUGACGUCCGCCCGCGGUCACAUAGCCUCCACACACACAACUAGGACCUAACACUCAUAUCUACAUUUCUACUCUAGCCCACGAACGACGACUUUAUUUUUUUGGAAUAAAGACCCUUUCUGGACCGAGUCAUGGAUCUAUGGUUGUACUGGAGCAGGAUAUUCUGGUGGAGGGUCUCGUUGCUGUUCUGUGUGUUCCAGGACUGUCUCGGCUCGUUGCUGGACUGCCCGCCAGCCUGCAGCUGCUCGCCCACGGAGAUAUAUUGCAAUAAGUCCGACAACGGGAAAUACUUCCCUUUACUGGCUCUCCAAGACGCGGGGAGCGCAGGCAAUAGCAGUGUCGAUAUAGCUGAGCUUUUCAAGAAUAUCUCUUCCAUACACAUAGAGAACUGGACAGGACUGCAGACUCUGAGAGAUGUGGACAUGGCGCUGUACACUGGACUGCAGAGGCUAACCAUUAUGAACUGCAAUCUGCACUCCAUCCAGGCCCGGGCUUUCUCCCAGAACCCUCAUCUACGAUACAUAAACCUAUCCAAGAACCCUCUGACCACCUUGUCCUGGCAACUGUUCCAGAACCUGCAACUCUCCGAGCUGAGGCUAGACGGUGUGCUGUUUGACUGUGGUUGUGACGUGCGUUGGAUCCAGCUUUGGCAGCAGAGAGGAGAGGCGGGGCUUCACACCCAGAUGCUCUUCUGCAGAACCGGAGCGUCUAAGAUACGACUGAAACACAUGUACAUCACCUUAUGUGACGUGCCAGAGAUCAGUGUAAGUCACAGCAGUAGCCUGAUGGUGAUGGAGGGUGAUAAUGUAACAGUCAGCUGUAACGGGACAGGAGCUCCCCUCCCCGAAGUCGACUGGACCGUCGCCGGACUACACUCCAUCAACACACACCUGUCUAAUGUCUACUGGCCCAACAUCCAUUCUAUUAACCUGACGCUAGUCAACGUAAGUCGAGACGACAACAGCUUCCUGCUCACCUGCAUAGCAGAGAACAUGGUGGGAAUGACCAACGCUUCCAUCCAGCUGGCUGUACACUUUCCACCAGUCAUCCUGAAACUGGCCGAGGCUGAGCGGCGCCAUGACACCUGCAUAGAGUUCACAGUGAGAGGCUAUCCCUCCCCCACACUGCGAUGGUACCACAAACAGAGAGAGAUCCUGCAGAGUGACUACAUCAGAACAGAGAUGGAUUUCUACCAGGACUAUCUGGAGGGCUGUCUGACUUUUAACAACCCAACACACUUCGACAAUGGGAACUACACGCUGGAGGCCUCCAACUCCCUGGGGACCGUCACCAAGACCGUCUACGGACACUUCCUCAUGGCACCGCCCUUUGACCCCGACCCUGACGGAAGCCCAAUGCCAUCAGACACUGCCAUCAGGACAGAACAGGAGACAUUUGGGGUGUUGAUAGCAGUAGGACUGGCUGGUUUCCCCAGUGUUCUCCUCAUCCUCCUCUUCAUUGUCAUCAACAAAUAUGGCCGAUGCAACAAGUUUGGAAUGAAGGGGCCGGUGGCGGUGGUCAGUGGGGAGGAAGACUCUGCCAGUCCUCUUCAUCAUGUCAACCAUGGCAUCAUCACACCCUGUACCCUCGACGGCGAGGCCGACGCGGUGGUUAUAGGAAUGACCCGUAUACCUGUCAUAGAGAACCCACAGUACUUCAGACACGGACACAAUUGCAACAAACCCACCACCUACGUGCAGCAUAUAAAGCGCGGGGACAUCAUUCUGAAGAGGGAGCUGGGAGAGGGGGCGUUUGGGAAGGUGUUUCUGGCAGAGUGUUACAACCUGAGCCCCACCAAGGAGAAGAUGCUGGUGGCUGUAAAG